AUGCCAUUUCAGUUGAUCCAGGCUGCAGAUAUAAAGGGCAAUGCACGAAUUGAAAAAUAUUUUUGGAGUUCAGCUUGUAGCACUGAAAGCUCAAGAAUGGACAGAAAGCAUGGAAAAUAUGUGGUGAAUAUUGAACACUCUGAAAACCCAGCAAUGAAAGAAAAUUGCUGCAAUAACUGGUCUCUGUGGAAAGUCUUUUUGGCUUGUCUCUUAGCCUAUGUGAUAACGACAGCAAUUGGCAUACUUGUAAUAAGCCUGAUGAAUAAUAGGGGAAAUUACAAAUCCUCCAUUGUUUUCCAGCUACCCCCUCAAAGUCAGGGAGCCUAUGGUUAUUAUUCCUUGGUCCACUUCUACUACUUCUCAACCUACAGUGACCACCAGGUCAUCAGAACUGACAGCUACAACCACUUAAACAGAAUCUACUACCUCUGCCUUGUCCACUGA